AACUUAUACCUUUAAUGGCUAAACAACUCACUCUAGUUUUACACCUAUGCUUCCUUCUGUUCCUUCUGCCUAAAUCAAUUCAAUCUAAAUCCGAAGAGGACCGAAAGGUAUACGUGGUCUAUAUGGGCCACAACACUCUUGAUGAUGCCUCUGCCUCCUCCCUUCACUUGACUAUGCUACAAGAAGUAAUUGGCAGGGAUGCGGAGAACCAUAUGCUUCAAAGAUACACAAACAGCUUUCAUGGAUUUUCUGCAAGACUUACCCAAGAGGAGGUUAAAAAACUGUCAGCUAUGGAGGGGGUUGUUUCUGUGUUUCUCAGCAAAAAGAACAAGCUGGCAACAACUAGUUCAUGGGACUUCAUAGGGUUUCCACUUAAAGUCAAUAGAUCAACAAUGGAAAGUGAUAUCAUCAUUGGGGUUUUUGACACGGGAAUUUGGCCGGAAUCACCCAGUUUCACUGGUCUAGGAUAUGGUCCUCCUCCUGCUAAAUGGAAGGGCAUGUGUGACGCCAAUUUCUCAUGCAACAACAAAAUCAUUGGAGCUCGAUACUUCAAGGCAGAUGGAAUAUACGGCGCUACUGACCUCAAAUCACCAAGAGAUUCCGAUGGUCAUGGAACCCACACAGCAUCUACAGCCGCCGGAAACAUUGUAACAAAUGCAAAUCUGCUUGGCCUCGACCCAGGAACAGCUAGAGGGGGCGUACCCAGGGCCAGAAUCGCAGUAUAUAAAGUUUGUUGGUCAAACGGGUGUUCAGAUGUCGACAUUCUUUCUGCUUUUGAAGCAGCCAUCGCUGAUGGUGUUGACUUAAUCACUGUCUCCGUAGGCUUAGUGCAUGCGGAAGAGCUUUUUAAAGACGCUUUCGCUAUCGGUUCCUUUCAUGCCAUGAGGAAACAAAUAUUGACUGUACAAUCUGCUAUGAACGAAGGCCCAAUGCCACAAACCAUUGGCAGUAUCGCUCCAUGGAUUCUUUCUGUGGCUGCUGGAUCUAAAAACCCAGAUUUAAUCACCCCUGUACGACUAGGAAACGGUAUAGCUGUUAAUGGAGUUUCAGUAAAUCCCUUUAAACUUAAAGGAAUGUAUCCUCUAAUUUAUGCCGGAGACGUUCCAAAUAUCACCGGUGGUUUCAGUGGCUCAACAUCGAGUAUUGUUAACUCCUAUCAAGCGUCAAUUAUCGCUGACUACUUAGAAUCAACAGAAAAUGCAACAGCAGUAAUAAUGAAGAGUGAAGAUGUCAACAAUGUGUCAACCCCAUAUGUUGCAUCUUUCUCGUCAAGAGGUCCAAAUCCGACAAAUAAAAACAUCCUCAAGCCAGAUUUAACAGCUCCUGGGGUGAGAAUUCUAGCAGCAUGGUCACCUGUAGCUCGAAUUAGUCAAGCAGAAGGAGACCACAGAGCAGUACCAUUCAAUAUGUUAUCAGGGACAUCAAUGGCAUGCCCACACGUCAGUGGUAUUGCUGCUUAUAUCAAAACAUUUAAUCCGAAAUGGUCUCCAGCAGCCAUUAAGUCGGCUCUCAUGACAACAGCUUCCGUUAUGAGUGGGGAGGUGGAUGUUGAAUUUGCAUAUGGAGCCGGCUAUCUAAAUCCAUUGGCAGCUAUGAAACCUGGGCUGGUAUACGAUGCUGUUGAUGUCGAUUAUGUAAACUUUUUGUGCCAUGAAGGCUACAACAUCAAAGAUAUCAGAAUUAUCACUGGGGUUAAUAGUAGUAGCUGUUCUAAGGACAAACAACCCAAUGAUCUAAACUAUCCUGCAUUUGUCAUCUCAACCCUGCGUAACAAAGCUGUUAAUAUAACUUUCAGUCGGACAGUCACGAAUGUCGGCUCUGCAAAAUCAAGGUAUAGAGCCUCAAUAACUCCCCCACGUGUUGGCGAUUUGGGCAUACAGAUUGAGCCGAAUAUCCUACAGUUCAAAAAAAUUGGGCAAAAGCUGUCUUUUAAGAUGAGUGUACAGACCACCAUACAGAAGUUAGACAGCCCAAUUGUUUCUGGUGAAUUGACUUGGUAUGAAAUCGAUGGUGUGCAUCAAGUGAGGAGCCCCAUCGUUGUGCAUGUUCCAUAAUAGUCAUCAAAUGUAACGCAAUGCAAAGAUUAUUCUUCUCUCUCGUUUCUUUGUCUUGUUGUAUAUGCUUCUACAUUUUGAAGUUAGUAUAUUUCGCACACCUCAACAAGCUCAUCAAAUGUAAUAUGUUCCUGGAAGCCCAUUUUCCUCACAAGAAAUGAAGUCAUGUAUUACUCUUAACUUAUGAGCAAAGAUAAAGAUAGGAUGUUAGAUUGUCCUAUACCUAGUGGCGGAUCCACGAAUAUUAUCCGUAAGAGCAUCUACAAUGGGAAGUUCAAUGGAAGAGUUGAAUGAGGUAGCAAGCAAUAAGCAUACACUACAAGAAAUGGGGGCAUUAGCG